GCGCUGUUACAAACACUCUAAGGAAACUUUGGCUGCUGCUGACGGAAGUGCGACUGUUGUUUAUCCGGCGGUUAUCCUGCUCGUCGUUGGAAAAACGAUGGCUAGCUCCGCAAAACAAGGACCUAAAAUUGUCUCCAAAUCCUCUGCGGGAGGCGCCGGGGUGGCGGGGGCCGGCGGCGGGCUCCCGGUGAUGCCCCUCGCCUCUCCGCUCAUGGGGAAGAAGAAGAAGCCGUUUCUGGGGAUGCCCGCUCCGCUGGGCUACGUGCCUGGUCUGGGCAGAGGUGCAACUGGUUUCACCACCCGAUCUGAUAUCGGUCCUGCUCGUGAUGCAAACGAUCCAGUGGAUGACCGACAUGCAGCUCCAGGGAAGAGGACGGUUGGGGACCAAAUGAAAAAGAAAGAGGAGGAUGAAGAAGAUCUGAACGACACAAACUACGAUGAGUUUAAUGGAUAUGCUGGUAGCUUGUUCUCCAGUGGGCCCUAUGAGAAGGAUGAUGAAGAAGCAGAUGCUAUAUAUGCGGCACUGGACAAGAGGAUGGAUGAGAGACGCAAAGAAAGAAGGGAGCUGAGGGAAAAGGACGAAAUCGAGAAAUACCGUAUGGAACGACCCAAAAUCCAGCAGCAGUUUUCAGAUCUUAAGAGAAAGUUGUCAGGGAUGUCAGAGGAGGAGUGGCUGAGCAUCCCUGAGGUGGGAGAUGCCAGGAAUAAGCGCCAGAGAAAUCCCCGCAAUGAGAAACUCACCCCUGUCCCCGACAGCUUUUUCUCCAAACAUCUGCAGACUGGAGACAAGCAUACCACAGUUGACCCUCUGCAAGGGCUGGCAGGUCUGAACACGCCCUACCCGGGAAGCAUGACACCCGGGACAGGAGAGCUGGACAUGAGGAAAAUCGGUCAGGCCAGGAACACACUUAUGGAUAUGAGGCUCAGCCAGGUAUCUGACUCAGUGAGUGGCCAGACAGUGGUGGAUCCUAAGGGUUACCUGACUGAUCUUAACUCCAUGAUCCCCACACAUGGGGGAGACAUCAGUGACAUCAAAAAGGCUCGUCUGCUAUUGAAAUCAGUGAGGGAGACCAAUCCUCAUCACCCGCCUGCCUGGAUCGCCUCUGCCAGGCUGGAGGAGGUGACGGGCAAACUGCAGGUGGCCAGGAACCUGAUCAUGAAAGGCACAGAGAUGUGUCCUAAGAGUGAAGAUGUGUGGCUCGAGGCCGCCAGACUCCAACCCGGCGACACAGCUAAAGCCGUGGUGGCCCAGGCUGUCCGCCACCUGCCGCAGUCCGUCCGCAUCUACAUCAGAGCUGCAGAGCUGGAGACAGACAUGAGGGCGAAGAAACGCGUCCUCAGGAAGGCUCUUGAGAAUGUGUCCAAGUCAGUUCGACUGUGGAAGACCGCUGUGGAGCUGGAGGAACCAGAGGAUGCCAGGAUCAUGCUCAGCAGAGCUGUGGAGUGUUGCCCUACUAGUGUGGAGCUCUGGCUGGCCCUGGCCCGUUUAGAGACGUACGAGAACGCACGUCGUGUCCUGAACAAAGCUCGAGAGAACAUCCCCACCGAUCGCCACAUCUGGAUCACUGCUGCCAAGCUGGAGGAGGCCAAUGACAACGUUCAGAUGGUAGAAAAGAUCAUCGACAGGGCCAUCACUUCUCUACGUGCCAACGGUGUGGAGAUCAACAGAGAGCAGUGGAUACAGGAUGCAGAGGAGUGUGACAAAGCAGGCAGCGUGGCUACCUGCCAGGCCGUGAUAAGAGACGUCAUAGGGAUUGGCAUUGAGGAGGAAGAUCGCAAACACACCUGGAUGGAAGAUGCCGAUAGCUGUGUUUCCCAUGGAGCACUGGAGUGUGCCAGAGCCAUCUAUGCCCACGCUCUGCAGAUGUUCCCCAGUAAAAAAAGUGUGUGGCUUAGAGCUGCCUACUUUGAGAAAAAUAACGGCACCAGGGAGUCCCUGGAGGCCCUGCUCCAAAGAGCCGUGGCUCACUGUCCCAAAGCAGAGGUGCUGUGGCUGAUGGGAGCCAAGUCCAAGUGGCUGGCUGAGGAUGUUCCUGCUGCCAGAAGUAUUCUCGCUCUGGCUUUCCAGGCGAACCCAAACAGUGAAGAGAUCUGGCUGGCUGCUGUCAAGCUGGAGUCUGAGAAUAACGAGUAUGAAAGAGCCCGUCGACUUCUGGCUAAGGCCCGCAGCAGUGCCCCGACAGCAAGGGUGUUUAUGAAGUCGGUGAAGUUGGAGUGGGUGUUGGGAAACAUAGACGCUGCUCAGGAGCUGUGCACCGAGGCCCUGAAACACUACGAGGACUUCCCCAAACUGUGGAUGAUGAGAGGGCAGAUAGAAGAGCAGGGUGAAAACAUGGAUAAGGCCAGAGAGGCCUACAACCAAGGGUUGAAAAAGUGUCCCCACUCGAGCGGCCUGUGGUGGCUGCUGUCUCGCCUGGAAGAGCGAGUCGGACAGCUGACCAGAGCCAGGGCCAUCCUGGAGAAGGCCCGACUCAAGAACUCCCAGAGCCCCGAGCUGUGGUUGGAGUCGGUCAGGCUGGAGUUCAGGGCCGGGCUUAAGAACAUCGCCAACACACUGAUGGCCAAAGCCCUGCAGGAGUGCCCCAAUUCAGGCAUCCUGUGGGCUGAGGCAGUGUUUUUGGAGGCCAGGCCCCAGAGGAAGACCAAGAGUGUGGAUGCUUUAAAGAAGUGUGAACAUGAUCCCCACGUCUUGCUAGCUGUUGCCAAGUUGUUUUGGAGUGAGCGUAAGAUCACCAAAGCCAGAGAGUGGUUCCUGAGGACAGUGAAGAUCGAGCCUGACCUGGGAGAUGCUUGGGCUCUCUUCUACAAGUUUGAGCUGCAGCAUGGCACAGAGGAACAGCAGGAAGAGGUGCGAAAGCGCUGUGAGAAUGCGGAGCCCCGUCAUGGAGAGCUGUGGUGUGCCGAGUCCAAACACGUCCUGAACUGGCAGAAGAAGACAGGAGAGAUCUUAGCGGGGGUAGCCGGCAAGAUCAAAAACACAUUCUGAGAAAGAGGACUUUUGGACUGAAAAUGCCCGUAAAGAGUCAACUAUUGUUUUGGACUAGUGUUCUCUACCAGGAUUUACCAAUCUGUAGCAGAUACAAAGGAUUCACACAUACCACAAACCCUUUUCAGGAACAGAAUUACAGUUUGUAGACUUAUAAAGAAAAUGAUCAUUGAUUUCUAAGUGAAAACAAAGUAACAAUUUUAUCCCUUUUCAAGUGAAUAGAUAUUAGCAACAGUAAUCAACUUUUUUUUUAUAGCUCUGUUUUUUCAGGUAGCGCAGGAUUCUCAGUAGACUGCAGUUUUCUAGUCCUCAGACAGACUUAGGUCAGGACUUGACUGCCAUCCAGGAAACAUUCUGUUUUUAAGCUAUUCCUGUAUAACGUAAGCUUUGUAUUUGCGGUAUUUGCCUGCUGGGAAGUACAAUUUCUCCAAAGUUCAGGAUGGCGGUCAAAGAGUUUAAAUUUGGUCUCAUUAGACCAUAGAGCCUUCUUCCACUUUGUUUCAGUCUCCCAUAGGCCUUUUGGCAAAGACAAGCCCAGAUACAGUUACAGCAGUUCACCUUUCCUUGCAACACUGCCAUAAAGCUGCACCUGGUGGAUCACCUGGGCAACAGUUGUCUUUUAAUAACUAAGGAAAACAUACUCACUCUACUGAGGUGGUGGCUUAAUUCAUUAAUGUGUAGCUCUAUAGUUAAAACUGGAGGCGAUCAGUUGAGGAUGAAUAUGUUGAUUUGUUUUCACGUUGACAUUAGGCUGUUGCACUGCUGAUUAGUGUUGUCAUUCUAAUUUCAGUUGUGGUAAUUAUAACAAAAACCUGGAAAACCACAGAGCUUACAUAGGCACUGCCAGGGUGAAAUAUACAAAACACAUGUUGAUUGAAUCCACCUUACAGUAUGUUGUGAAUGAACUCUUUAUGUAUCGGGGGGGAUAGUUGUUGUUGUCAACACUUGUGUUUGCUAAAAGAAAAUAUCAUAACAUCUUGUUUUGAGGAAGUUAUUUCCAUGUCCAGAUUUGACUCUGUUUAGUAUUUGUAUAUAAACUCCUCUUCAGGGACUAUUACAUGAUAUCUUA